ACCUGUAGCUUAUCAACCCCCCCAAAUAUCCAAAGAGUUAAUAUUAAAUCUCAUUUAUAAAUGCAAAUAAAUUAAUACUUGUAUUCUAUUUCUCUCCACCAUGAAGUCCAUCGUUUCUCAAUCGGAGGAUUGGCAGAAUCUUAGGGUGGUGGAAACAAUCUAUGAGGAGGAUUCGGGCGAAGACUCGUCUACCGCACCGUCUUCGCCGCUGCCUCCCUCCUCCCCGUCCGCCACCUCUCUUUUCUCCCGAGUUAAACAAUGGUCCCAAAAUAAUGGAGUUGAAACCGAUGUGAUCAUACAUGUUCAAGGUUCUAGUUUUCGUUUACACAAGGAUCCUCUAGCACGAUGCAGCGGAUAUCUCAAACGGCAGUUAACAGAAACUACCAACGUUACAAUCUCUCCACCGUUAAACAUAACGGCCCACACAUUCACUCUAGUAGUUGAUCAUUGUUAUGGAGGCCACUUGUUCAUAACACCUUUCAAUGUGGCUUCUUUAUUGCUAGCAGCCGAGUUGCUAGAAUUAACGCGCGAUUCAAAUGUUUGCGUAAGUCUAAGGGAAAAGGCGGAUGCGUACUUGUGUCGUACGGUUUUGGGGGACAGGAAUUAUGCCGCGGUGGUGCUAAAGUCGUGUAUGGGGCUUUUGCCUGAUGUGGAGACGCGAACGGGUGUUGUGAGUAGGUGUAUAGAGGCUAUGAAGUUGAAUUGUGAUGUUGGGGAUGAUAUGGCUUUGUUUGAUGGUGUUCAAGAGGUUUCGGGUGAGGAGUUUCGGUUGGUGAUCGAGUGUUUGCAUCGGCGGUUGAAUGGUAGUCAUGAUUUACUCUAUAGAAUCAUUGACUUCUAUUUCAAGGCAGAAAGCGGGAAGAUGACAGAAGAAGAAGGAAGCAAAAUAUGCAACUACAUCGACUGUUCGAAUCUCUCCCCUCAAACGCUAAUGCACGCAGUUCAAAACCCCAGGAUGCCACUAAGAUUCGUGGUACAAGCCAUGUUCAUUGAGCAACUCAACACUCGUCGAUCCAUUUUCAGCGCCGCACAAACCUUUAAAACCACCAACCACCGCCCGACCAAACAACCCGCCGCCGCCACCUCCGUCACCCUCGGAGCAAUCCUCCAACGUGACGCCGCGCUCCGCCAAGUGGCACACCUAAGAGACACCAUGGACUACACGAGCUCACGGAUACAAAGUUUGGAAGAUGAGAUAAAUGGGCUUAGAAAGAUUUUGAACAAAUCGGAUUCGGGUCAAGUUACGGGUCAGGUUAAGUCCGAGAGUUUUCGGCUUAGUUCGGAGAGGCGGGUUGAGAGGGGGCAAAGAGGGUCGGUUUCUUCGGGUAGUUUGCGGACCGCGGAUAUGGGAAACGAGUCGGACUAUUUGGGUGAUCAAGGGAGUCCGAAACGGUUCGGGAAGCGGGUCAUGAAUGGGUUAAAAAGUGUGUUUCGUAAAUCGGGUUUGGGUCGUAAUAGGGGUGAGGUUAAAUUGGAAAAAGGGACCAAUUAGUGGUUUGAGUGUAUUUUUGUGUUUUGACCAUUUUGUUGAUGAAAUUGGCUGCCAGUUUUGUAAAAUGUUUAUGUUUUGUAGAUGAGGGUGACAAGUGGUUUGUGGUCAUUUGGAGAUUAAAAUGGAUAAUUUUAUAUAAUUUGUAAUUUUAUAGAUGGAUUAUGGU